AUGGCUCCAGAUUCCCAAGGAAACCCUGGGUCUGUACCCAGAAUGAAGGGAGGCCUGGACUCGCCCAUCACCGCCUCUCCCAGCAGUAACGAGGGCAUGGACAUAGACGUGGUUUCCCGUUGGGUCUCCGCCCCUUGGCCACCCCUCUUCUUUCUGCUCCUUCUGGCUGGAAGGAGUGGCCGAGGCUGCCCGGCCGCAUGUGACUGUGCCUCCCAACCCCAGGCGGUGCUCUGUGCCAGCCGGCAGCUAGAGGCAGUUCCCGGGGGGAUCCCCCCAGACACUGAACUCCUGGACUUGAGUAGGAACCGCCUGUGGGGUCUCCAAAGGGGAAUGCUCUCCCGCCUGGGACCUCUCCUUGAGUUGGAUCUCAGUCACAACCAGCUUUCCACCCUAGAACCUGGGGCCUUCCAGGGUCUCCGAAACCUCCUCACGCUGCGGCUUCGGGGUAACAGGCUCCGAAUCGUGGCCCCCGGCGUUUUCUCCGGCCUCUCUUCCCUCACCCUACUGGAUCUCAGCCUGAACCAGAUUGUCCUCUUCCUGGACGGUGCCUUUGGAGAGCUGGGCAGCCUUCAGCAGUUGGAAGUGGGGGACAACCACCUGGUGUUUGUGGCCCCAGGGGCCUUUGUGGGUUUGGCAAAGCUAGGCACCCUUACCCUAGAACGAUGUAAUCUCAGCACUGUGCCCGGACCUGCUCUGGCACGGCUUCCAGGGCUGACGGGACUGAGGUUGCGCGAGCUGGACAUCAGUCGGCUACCCACUGGGGCUCUGAAAGGACUGGGACAGUUACGGGAGUUGGAGAUCCACCAAUGGCCGGCUCUGAAGGCCCUGGAACCCGGGAGCCUGGCCGGGCUCAACCUCAGCCACCUUGCCAUCACUUACUGCAACCUGAGCUCCGUGCCCUUCCAAGCCCUGAGCCAUCUGAACUUUCUCAGGGUCCUGGACCUGUCCCAGAACCCCAUCUCAAAUAUCCCAGCCCGGAAACUUAGUUUUUUAGUACGGCUCCAGGAACUCCACCUCUCGGGGGCCCACCUCGCCUCUAUUGCUGCUCACGCUUUCCAUGGUUUGGCUGCCUUCUGCCUCCUGGAUGUGGCCAACAAUGCUCUUCAGACCCUGGAAGAAGCCGCCUUCCCCUCCCCAAGCAGUCUGGUCACCCUGCGGCUGGCUGGCAACCCCCUGAUCUGUGACUGCCGUCUCUUGUGGCUCCUCCGGCUUCGUCACCACCUGGACUUUGGCAAAUCUCCCCCAGCCUGUGCCAGUCCACUCCAUGUCAAGGGAAAGAACCUCCGGGACUUCUCGGACAUCCUGCCCCCAGGGCACUUCACUUGCCGGGCUGCCCUGAUUCAGAGGUCUGGGCCACGAAGGGUCAGUGCAGAGGAGGGGCAGCAGGCGGUCUUCUCUUGCUCUGGGGAUGGAGAACCAGCUCCUACCGUUUCCUGGCGAGGGCCCCAGGGGACCUGGCUGGGAAAAACUGGGCGAGUAAGAGUCCUUGAGGACGGGACCUUGGAGAUCCGGUCAGUGCAGCUUCGAGACGGCGGGGCUUAUGUCUGUGUGCUCAGCAACGUGGCCGGGAAUGACUCGCUGAGCACCUGGCUGGAGGUGGUCCGGAUCACAUCCCCUAAUGGGACCCUUUCUGAUACCAACGUCACCUCUCUGGGCGCCCCGGGACCCUUCUUCCUGGACAGCAGGGGCCUGGUGGUGGUCUUGGCUGUGGGCUUCCUCCCCUUCCUCACCUCAGUAACCCUCUGUUUUGGCCUCAUUGCCCUGUGGAGCAAAAGCAAGGGACGAGUCAAACAUCACACCACCUUUGACUUUGUGCUUCCUCGCACUUCCGGGGAGCGGGAUGCCGGGGGCAACCGAGUCACUGCCAAACUCUUCUGA